AUGGAGCCUCUGCGAAUGGCCAUUGAGCGAGGGCGGGAGGCGGGUCUCGAACGCUCGGAGAUCGACAAUGCCGCGCGGAUCCUCAACGAUUUAGAGUUGCGCACCCAAGCGGUUGCCUUCACCGACGUCCCACGGUCUGACAUUCUCAAGCUACAGGCCUGCGUCUCGAGGGACGAGAUCGUGGAGUGCUUGUACACCUUGAUGAAACUCAAGGCCAAGGAUGGCUUUCGGGCGGAAGUGCUGGCCGAGUACCAUUUCCAGAACUUUAUGUUCUGCCAGAAGCAGGGCUAUGGGCCUGAGAAGGCGUCGGCUCUUCUCUCGAUGAUGCGCAUCCUCCAUGCGCAGACAGUCAUCGAUAAAACGGCCGACCUUGACGAGGCAAAGUCCUUGCUGGAAGACCUCCUGGCGAGGCAUAGCCGUCAGCUGCCGCCGUUUAGCGUCGGCAUCUUCUCAGCAGCAGAGGUGGCUUUGAUUCGGGCCUACGCAACAAGGACCUUCCUGCGGCACUUCAAGAUGUUUCAGUUCAUGUACCAGCAGACCAAGGAUGUGGUUGUCUGCGAGGUGCCAAGCAGAGCCACCUCCCAGAUUCCGCGCCUUGCGCCUCUCCACACCAACUUCGAGCUGAAUCCGCUUGAGGUGCCGCAGCUGCAAGAGUUCCUGCGCUCGGAGGCCCUCGAGGAGGCGGCCGACCAGGAGGCUGAGGAUGUGAGGUUGGAUUCAUGUGCCAAGAGCCCGUAA